AUGGCCCACAAAGGAUAUACCAAACAAACCGAAAUAAAUCGACAUAAUAAUUAUCAAUUUCUUGACAUCAUGCCUAAGGAUAAAGGUCAGAACAAGGGCGAGUUAGCUUCCGACUCCAGAGCUAAGACCCACGCUACGGAAAAGGCUUCCCACAGCGAGAUGGGGCCUAACGAACUUUUGAGUGAACACAUGGACUCUGCUGGUAACCCAGUACCUGAUCCAAGCUGGGGCACAACCAGGCCACCUGAGGAGGAUGAGGAUUUGUUUGAGGCUGCGAAUGCAGACACUUCGGAAUUUAAGGAUUAA